AGAGCUUCAGCAUAGCAUCCCAAAACACCCCGAACAUGACCGCCAAGAACCGCCAGAAGAGCUCCACCGGCGAGAAGGCCGCAGCAGCGCCGGUGCAGGACGAGAAGAAGCCCCAGAAGAGCAACGGUACAGCGGGGUCCCAGAGGCCCCGCACCGGGAGGAGCUGUCUGGGCAGCCUGGUGUCUGUGCUCUUCUACGCGGCCGUGCUCGGAGGAGCCGGCCUGGCUGCUUUCCACUUGCAGAAGGUGGUGGAGGAGAUCCGCCAAACUAGCGCCAAACACGCAGAGAGCGCGCAGAUGAGCGCGGAGAUGAGCCGCAAAAUGGACAACGUCGUCCAACAGGUGGGGUCCCUGAGGAGCGUCAUGGACGGUCUGGAGUCGUCACUGGGGGCCACCCGCGUGGAGCUGGAGGGCGCCAUCGGCCGCGUGAAGAAAGGCGAGCAGGAGACCAGGAGAGUGGAGGAGGCCCUCCAGAAGCUCCAAAACGACCUUCUCCGGGACCUCUCCGAGGGCAUCAGCGAGGUGAAGGAGGCCCGGGAGCGCGACUUCUCCUCCCUGGAGAAGACGGUGGAGCAGCGUCUGGAGGAGGUGAGCAGCUCGGUGCGAGCCAGCGUAGCCGAGUUCACCGAAGCUCAGAGCGAAGCUCGGAACCAGCUCGCCGACCUCAAGGCCCGCCUGGGCGGCAUCGAGGACCCCGCUCUAGUCAAGCAGGAGCUGUCCGCCAUCGUGGACGCGGUGGCGGAGAUCAGGGCGGCUAAGCAGGAAGCCGACAGCUCUACCGUGUCCAUUCAGGAGCGCAUCGGCUCCGUGAGGGAGGAGCUCCAGACACGCAACCAGGAAGUGGCGUCGCUGUCGCAGGAGGUGGAGUCGGUGAGGGCGUUGGUGCAGGAAACGGUCGGAAGUCUCAAGAUGUCCGUGUCCGCGGCUGAGACGGACGUCCAAGCCCUGAAGGACCAAAGCAGCACGCUGGAGGGCGGCUUGGGCGAAGCGAUGGACGGCGUACGUGAUGUUGAGAAGAAGCUCAACGAGAUCUCGGCUCAGACGCAGAAGCGAUGGGAUGACAUGGAAGCCCGUCUGAAGGCAUCUGAGGAGAACGGGGAUUCCUUCUCCUCCAAGGUGGAGUCUCUUCUCUCCAAGUACGAUGUAGCCGUGGAGCAAGAAGAACGCGAAGACCUGAAGGCCCUGAGGAGCACCCUGGAGGACCUGCGUUCCAACGUGGCUUCCAUGGGGGAGGCGCAGGACACGCUGGCCACCACGGACUCCCUCAUGGGGCAGCGGGUGGAGGAGCUGGAGAGGAGGCUGCUCGCUUCCGAGGGGGAGGCGGAGCACGCCGCCGCCACGCUGGAGGAGCACGGACAGGCCAUCGCCUCCAUGCAGAGAGCCUUGCAGGAGGCCACGCAGACAUUGGCCGCCUUAUCUGGAGGCCUUGGCCAGGAGGGGGCGCAAUGAGACAUUUUAGGCGUGUUACUGGCGUGUUGCAGGCGUGUUUAACGCCAUGAUGGAGGUAGGAAGGAGCGAGCUGGACUGGCCGUCUGUGAAUUCCACACUCAUGCUGCACUGGUUUAGGCCCGUUUCAACUUCCUCCUUGGAUCUCCAAGUCAAAUGCAGUUUGCUCUGUUUAUUGUUUA